GGUUCAGAACACAGUUCCUUCGGAUAUAAUAACGAUGGAUCUAUAUGCCAUGGAUCUACUAGUUCUUCUACAAAGUUUGGGCCGCGUAUAGUUGAGAACGAUACAGUGGGAUGCGGUGUGGACUUUAUGUCCCGCAGCCUCUUCUUCACUCGCAAUGGUAUCUUCCUUGGGAAGGCGUUCGAAGGAAAAAUCCCAGCGAGUCCAAGUACCCGGCUAUAUCCAGCUGUCGGUCUGCAAGGUCGGGGAACACGUUUAAACGCAAAUUUCGGUCAGCGUCCAUUCAUGUACGCUUUCGACGCCCACAUUUCACGAGAGCGUGCCAUGCAGGAGAAUAAUCUGAUUACUCGCGUCUGUAAGGAGGAGUUUGCCGGAUCAAAAAUGCGAGAACUUGUUUCGGGCUAUCUCGUUCAUCACGGUUACGUUGCCACAGCCCAGGCUUUCUCUCGUUGGGCGUCUGUCGCCGCGGAGUCCAUGGAACCCCAAUCUAAGGAUCCUGAUGCUGUGGUUAUGCGAAGCACCACCUCCAAAUCCCCGGUACAUGGCGAUAAGCCGCUUGAUUCUGGCGGUUUACAGUCACGAUCGUGCGAUUCCCACAUCGGAUCUCGACAACCCACAGUGCCUCACGAACCUAAUACUCCUAGUUUGCCCCCAACACAGAAAUCAUCAACCAUUCCCAGACGUCACAGUGACAGCUCUUGCAUCGACCCACCAAGCUCCACAAUGCUGCAACUUCCCGGGUUGGCAAGCAUGCUGCACCGACGUCGCCUUCGUGCCCUUUGUAAGCGGUGCCAAUACGGCAAGGCAGCAUCCACUCUUAAUCAGUUAUACCCGGAAGUAUUAGAGCGGUGUCCGGAACUGUUGGUGCAGUUACGCUGUCGUCAAUUGAUCGAAAUGAUGCGCCGACACGCCAUACGUCGUGGUCACGCUGAAGCCUUCGACUUGGUGUCGGAGUCUCUGUCUUCGGGUUCGGGUUCUUCCAUCGCGCCCCCAAAAAUGAAAAGGCUAUCUGACCCUCAAAAAGUUCGACCUUCUUGUUGCUUAGCCAACAAGUCAAUGUUUUCUGUCGGAAGUUCUGAGAAUGGGGCUGUUGACAUGGAGAUAGACGUCUGCAUGGAGGGGUCAGACGAUCCCGCGAGUACCACCGGUAACCAGCUCCACGAAGAUAUACCUGAGUUGAUGGGAUACUUGGAACCCAGUUAUGCGGAUGAGAACGAGGAGGAUGCGCUUGGCGAUGAGGAUGAUGAUGACUUCGGUGUGAAUGACGACACUGGGAUGGGCAUCAGCUCCAUUGAUGUUGGUUUCAUGAAUGAGAUGGAAGUCGAUAUGGAUUCGUCAACGAAAAUCGUUUCUUCGGAAUCACACUCAGCUAACCAUGCUUCAUUGGAGACCAGCGAACUACCUUGUUUGAUGAGGCAUAUUCAGUUCGCCCGUUCUCUUGUCAACUUGGUAAAGGAAGUAAGAGUGAAAACUGGUGGACUUUCACUUGAAACCGAGCGGUUACUACAGCAAUCUGUCAGUCUGCUCGCCUACUCCUCUCCCACGUCGGUCAACUGCCCUCUUCGUGGUUUGCUUGAUCCUGCCUGGCGAGACACGAUAGCCAACGUCAUCAACAGCGCCGUUCUCGAGGCCCAUGACCUCCCCGUACAACCGGCCUUAGAACAGGGUUUGCGAGCACUUCAACGUUGCUUCCAGGACCAGUACUUCGUUGAAGCUCAAACCCUUGGGCACUUUCUGCUGUAUCACCUUUCUCCUUCACAACUGGCUAAAGCGGAUGCUGCCGCUCUAUACGAGUCUGCUUCACACCGUACACCCAAACGCCAUCGUACAAGCCCACAGCUCUCCAACGGGGCUACUCCGCAACCGGAUGAUGCAAUCCUGCGAUCCGGCGAAGCGUGCUCUGCUAACCGGCGCCCUCUACCUAAUGGGCAUGUUUCAGGUGUUCGCAGGGCUCGACGAUCUUCAACUGGAACCGAGGGUCAACCGAGCAACCGCAGCGUUUACGAUGCCGACGGAUACAGCUCCUCAUCCUCUGAAGAAGCUGCUAAUAAGGCAGACGAAGAUGAGGAGGACGAUGAUGAAGGAGAGGAAGAAGAAGAAAGCUACGAAAGCGGACGAUGUCGGAGUGAAACCAUCGAGGGGAAUGACGAAGACGAUGAUGAUGAUCCUGGGGCCAACCGAAAUGCCGGUUCCACAGGCAGGUCACAACGUUUACCUGACGGCAGCUCUGGAAACUCGAGGAAUGACCCACCUACCGCCUCCGAUAGAAGUCAGGGGGCAGGAAGCUCCUCCGGCCGGACUCAUGUUCUUCAUCCCUUGACUGCUGCCAACCGUGUACGUCAUUUUACCACCAUGUACAGACAGUCUGUUAGCGUGUCUGAUAAUAUUUCAAGAUCCAAUCGACCCGCUUUUUCCGCGAGGUACUGUCCCACUUUUCUGGUGGAUCCUUCCCACACUCGCAUUUUGGCCACUAUUCCCGCAUCUUCCUUAUCCCAUUCGCGUCGUUUUUCCGAUCGCGUCCCACGUGAAAGCGUAAUCAGCUCGAUACACGCUCCUCAGGCAGCAGCCACUCUUGCAUCCACGCUCACUACUCCCGAAGCCGCCACCAAUACUACUGCUGCUUCACCCUCUGUUCCUAUCUCUUCAGCAGCUGCACCACCCCCAAGCGAAUACCUGAGUUCCGCUUUCAGUGAUCUCGUGUCAAUGUCCUAUCCUCAGCAUGCUGAGUUCAUGGCUGCGAUGAAUGAUGCUCUCAAAACAUACGCGGGUUCGCUGUUAACUUCUGAGGACGAAAUCUCCGGGCCUUCGUUAAUAAACACAUCAGGUAGAUCGGACCGUGACCAUCCACCCCCUCGCGAUGGUCCUGCGCCUUCGCCAAUGGGAAAUAACACCUGCACACCAUAAUGGAGCAACUUUUCCAACCUGUAGAAUUCUCUUAAGCCCUCCAAAUUUGUUCGUGAUACUUUCGUCUGUUAGUUUCCUCAUCCAGUCUCAGACUUCACUUCUCUGGGAUGAGCUGCAUGCAAACAUCAACCACCGUCUUUCUAGGCGUGUGCCAUGUACCUCGUUGCAUUCGUUUCUCUAUUCUUGCUUCAUCUGUUCAGAUAGCUGUACAACACCCGUCUGAACACGUUUCUUUACUUGCCCAUUUGUGUGCUCAAGCCUAGUCUACGACCGGUUUUUUAAUCUCUGAGCAUCCUACCGAUUAUCUACUUCCUCCCACUGCUUCAUUCGUUUCCCACUUCUCUUUGUUGCCAAAGAGGAUUUUUAUGGGAAAUGUGCCGAAUGCGUUCCUCUCCUCUUUCUGCGUCAUCAGCCGCGAACCUUAAUAAUCAUGACUGUCGCCUUGCUUUUUAUAACGCAGAUCGAUUUGUCGUUUGAUUGUUGUUUCAUCUGGCUUACUGUCAUCUCUUCGCACGUCUAAGUUGUCACACUCUGGCCCUUGUUCAUGUUAGCUCGCUGAUUCCUCUAAUAUAUGACGUUUCCACUCUUCUCAUCAUUUUGUUUUUUGUUGCUACAUUUUCCAUCCCUUGCUCGUGCACAGAUACCAAUUGACUUCCAUGUGCUUUCCUUUCCGUUCUCUUCUCUCAUGUAUCUGGUGUAUUUCCCUUUUGGAUACUCCCGCUUUAGCUCCACUCUCUUUGAAGUGGGAGUGCGCGGCAUCAGUUACGCAUUUUCCCACUCUCAUAUCCGCUUCCAUUUUGAGCAUUGAUUGGGAGCUAAUUAUAACUGCCAGCCGGAUGAAGUUUGCGCGUUGUGCAACGCAAGCUAUCAGUAGUGUGUUUGCCCACUGUACCCUUACCUACAUAACACCAAGAAUAGAAGAGUUCGCAAGAGAUUUACUAAGCAGCCACAUUGAACCGCACUGAUAUAUUCCCCGACUGACCUAGGUAUAGCCGCAUAUAUGUUUAGGUUUGGCUACAAGCUUUCCAGUUUUCAUCAUUAUUUUUUUCUAGGACGUGAUGAGUUCUCGCCUGGCAAGCGUUCUUUCUAUAAAAAGCCACAUAUGUCCUUUUAACAACACUGCAACUUGGCAGAUGUUACUCGGCAAUAAAUGAAGUCACUGCCCUAUGCUG